AUGCCCCCAACACGUGCCCACGAUGCACCACUUCCUCCUGUCCUCCAGAGACGGAUAUCUCGACCCCAACAUUACAUCGUCACCUCCUACACAGAGCACGACCCCAAACCUGUGGAUGGCGUAUUGAGUAACGUUAUCUAUUCGAAAGCGCCUCCACACUGGCGCACACAUUUCCUGAAUGACCUGGCUCAGAAGUUGCGAGACACUCGAUCAGUCAGACUUGUCUCUGCGCCACCUGUCACUGAGAUGCAGGAGCAGUACAGGGGACGAUCUGCACCGUACGAGCCUCAGGAGCCUCACUACAGGACGCUGCAGGCACAGCUUGGACAGAUCCAUCAGUCUUCAGGUCUGCUGCUGCCCAAAGAACCUGCGCUCAGCACAACUCGCACUGACUACAGGCACUUCAGCAGGUCUGAAUUGGCUCCUCUCUCUGCCUUGGAUGCUUCGCCCACCUGUGGACCCUUCACCAAACGUGCCGCACUGAUCCGCCCCCCACCUCACAGCGCCCUGCCCGGUGCAUCCUCUCAGCUGCAGUUGCCCCGCCCAUCUAUACCGGUACCCCAUGGAGGCAGAAGCAGCGUGUACAUGGAUAGUUUCAGUAGACCUGCGCCCCCGCCCAUGUCCUCCACCCAUGUCGCUGUCCUUGCUGAGACAAAACGCACAGAGGAGAGUGGGUGGGGCUUACUGCAGCAUAUCCCGGACGUGCCGGAGAUGUACAGCACAGAGAACCAGAUGUAUGGGAAAGGGAGGCUGGUGCUCGUGUGA